AACAGUCUAUUCGCCUGUCAGGUCUCUAUAUUCAUCGCUGACGAGAUGCACAUUGUACGCAAGCCUAAUCUUAUCCAUCUCGGUGUGCGCGCGAUUACGGAGUGGUGCCUCGAGUCUGGCUGUUUUAUCGGGAUGACGGCUACACCAGCCAUCAACAAGGCACAGGACUUAUGGUAUAUAGCGGCAAUCAUGAAAAUUGCAGACGCCGCUUCCGAAGGGACUUUCGUCGAGAUGAACAAGGAGCUCCAACGCGCGAACCGCGAGGAAGGGAAACGCCUCAAGAAGGAGAAUAAGAACACCACUGCCACUUUCCUCGCUGGUGGCCCCACCCGUGAAGAUGACGCCGUCAACCUGUACCUUCCGACGAUGAUGAAGUGGGUCCGGGAAGCACGCCGAUGGUUUCAACCUUUCGUCAUCCGCCGCACAAUCGAUUCGCUCGACAACAACGGCAACCCGAUAUCGGGACUUGAACCGUAUACCACCCAGAUCAUCGAACUUCAAAUGUAUAGGCACGAACGUAAGAACGUCCGGCGGAUUGCAAAUGCUCUUGCGCAGAAGAAGACAAAGGCAGGCAACGUCAGUCACGUAAGUAAUCAUCAUUUGUAUCUGUCUUGUCUUCGUAUCGUUGUGUAUUGCGACAGUACUCACGGACGCUCGCGUGGCGGGCGUCGAGGGACGCCCCCGUCCUGCGCUUGCUUCACCAACUUUUACCUCGAGUUUCGGCGCUCUCUCCUCCAUCCCGCAAUGAAUUCAGGCGAGUGGAACCCACCCGAGACGCGCGAGGAGUGGUUAUCUGCGUCGGUCAAACUCGACAUUCUCGCGAAAAUCGCCGACUACCACCUCGAAGACGACGGUCGUGAACCUCUCGUGCAUGGCACCGACCGCCGCAGCGUCGUCGUACCGGAGGACAUUCGUAUGUCGAGCCCGCCACCGACGGACGCCACAUCCGCGGCGUCGGAGAUACAGUUCUGCAAUUCGCCAACUGACGAGGAUGGACCGGUCAAUCUGGGGGGCGCCUCGCCGUCGAAGCCGGACAAGAUCGUCGUGUUUUCGUACUUUCCUUCUUCGAACUUCGCCAUUCAGGCUGUACUCGCUCUUUACGGCAUCAAAACACUAGUGCUGCAUGGCGGCCACCAACCUCCUCAGCGUGCGGCAAUACUCAGGGAGUUCAGGGAGUCCGGGCGCGAAGGGCCACGAGUCCUGAUUCUGUCGUCGGCUGGGGCUGUCGGACUCAACAUCGACUGCGCCAACCUGAUGAUCAUCAUGGAUACGUUGUGGUCCGGGCUCGAAGACGAGCAGCUUCGUGGUCGCAUCUGGCGAUAUCCCCAAUCAAAGCAUGUUGUCUUCUAUCGACUCGUCGCUCUCGACACGCCGGAUGUAUUCUUGAAUACGAUCUCGUUCAACAAAGCGCGAAUUCACGACGCUUUCACUAAUGCUGAUCCCGCCAUUAGUAAGCACUCUUCUUCUGUCUUUUUCCUUUGCUCAUAUUAUACUUGCAGAAAAAAUGUUCCUCACCGGGCCUGA